UUUUCACCAAACUGGGCAUUCUGAGGACAGCCGAUACAGCGCCAAAGACCAAAAUGACUAAAUUAACCCUUUUAGCAGCACUGGGCAUCUUGCUUACAGUGCAGAUUGUGGCCUCUACAAAGCUGGUGUGCUACAUGACCAACUGGUCUCAGUACCGACCCGGCAAUGGAAAGUUCCUGCCAGAAAACAUUGAUCCAUUCCUCUGCACACAUGUGGUUUAUGCUCUGGCAUCCAUCAGCUUUGAUAAUCAAAUCACUACCGUCGAAUGGAAUGACGAAGUGCUGUACAAGUCACUGAAUGACCUGAAAAAAGUAAAUCCUACAUUGAAGACCAUGCUGUCUGUUGGAGGAUUGGUCAAUGGCGUCAGUCCAUACAUCAGAAUGGUGUCAACUCCAGAAAACCGCAAGGCUUUCAUCCGUUCUGCAAUGCUGUUCCUGCGUCUCCAUGAAUUUGAUGGGAUGGACAUUGACUGGCAGUACCCAGGUCACAAUGGAAGCCCACCAGAAGACAAACAGAGGUUUACUACAUUCAUCAAGGAACUCAGACAAGCUGUGGAACAGGAGGCAGUAGACACAAAGAAAACUCCUCUGGUUCUUUCCUGCAAAGUUUCCGGCAUUAAGUACACUAUUGAGCAUGCUUAUGAGGUUGCUGAAGUUUCAAAUCAGUUGGACUUCUUGACCAUCAUGUCUUAUGACUACCAUGGCCACUGGGACCACGUGACAGGGCACAACAGCCCCCUUUUCCGCAGCUCUUUGGACACUGGAAACAUAAUUCACCACAAUAUCAACUCAUCUGUGGAAUUCUGGUUGGGCGGUGGAGCCCAUGCUGAUAGGCUGCUUCUUGGCUUCCCCACAUACGGACGCACAUUCUUGCUCACCACUUCGCAAACAGGUCUCGGGGCCCCAGCCAAUGGCCCCGCUGACGCCGGCCCUUACACACGUGAAGCAGGAUUCUGGUCCUAUUAUGAGAUUUGCCCCAUGGAAUCAAGCGUCACUAUUGAAUGGAUCAAUGAGCAGAUGGUGCCCUAUGCAGUUCAAGGAAGGGCUUGGGUCGGAUUUGACAACCGUGAAAGUUUUACUGCUAAGGUGCAGUGGCUGAACUCCAUGGGCUUGGGCGGAGCCUCAGUGUGGACCUUAGAUUUAGACGAUUUUUCUGGCCGUUUUUGUUACAACGGAGCUUAUCCUCUUAUCAACCAUUUGCGCAAUGCACUAGGUUUCUCACCCAAGCCCACCACUACGCCACGUCCCACCACUACUGCUGACCCCGUCACCUCUUUCUGUGUUGGCAAACCAGACGGGCUGUACCCCAACCCUUCUGACCAUGGCACUUACUUCCAGUGUUUCCGUGGAAACACAUACCUGCAUAAAUGCCAGCCUGGUCUGGUCUUUUCUGAUGCCUGUAAAUGUUGUGAUUGGCCUUGAACUCCUCCUGUCCAAUACAGCUGUCCAGUCUCCUCUUUUUGUGAUGCAUUACCUCUGCUUCCAACUAUCCAAGCUCAUCAUUUGAAAACAAUAAAUAAAUAAAGUGACAGACAUUUUUAUUUUAUGCAUAAAAGUUUGGAGUUGUGUCUUGUUAAGGUGCUUGCCAUAUUUUUCCUCACAUUUAGUUAAUGAAAAAUCACAAUGUCCUGUUCAGUCCAGUCUAGUUCACUCUUGUUGUUGUGCAGUAAAAACAGUCUCCCCUUUUUAUCUUUUCACUUUCAAUAAAAAUAUUUAUAGCAGUC